CCCAAACAAAUCAUUCCCACUGGCUGACGUGUUUUGUUUAUGACUGAGACAUACACUCUUACCACGCAACUAGCAAUAAAGACACACUAUCUCAUAACACGGAAGAAUAAUGCUAUGCGUUUUAAGACAGCCAACCGAUACAUGCAGGCCCGGCAUGAUGCUGGAAAUAAGGGUAUGGUGGAGUACGAGAUGCUGGGUGAGGGGAGCCGGCAGCAUGGGCCGGAGAGGGUGACCACGACGCCGUCGGGACGUCGACGUAGCCUCGUCCAGUAUGGGCUUUGGUGGGGACUUGGUUGCCUUGUGGGAAGUCCCACUCAGUGAUGGCAUACACAAAGUGGGAUUUGAACAUGGCACUACAACUGGUCGCAGGGUCUUGUGGGUUGAUGGAGAGGAGAAGGUACACCAUGACUGGAUGUUUAAAUUGGUUGGAUCAGAAAUUUUUGAAAUAGGCAAUACAAAAUGUGUCAUCAAAAUUGAGCCUAUUGGGGGCUUUUCCUAUGAAUAUUCUCUUGAGGUAAAUGGUAAGAGCUACAAGAAGUUUACUGAAAAUCAGAGUAAAAUACUCAAGACGUGGCUUUUACUAGAUGGCUCAUAUACACGAGUGGUGCUCGAGAAGGAUACUCUAGAUGUUUGGGUUAAUGGGAAGAAGUUAGAUACUCUUGGAGAAUUCGUGGAUGAUGGCACAGAGACGCACUUUGACCUUGGUGGUCAUCCCUCCUAUAUCAAGGCAAUGAGUAGUGGAAACCGCAGAGAAGGCAUCAUCCACUGUCUUGUUGUUGACAACACAGAAAUUGCAGAAUCACUUGAGUGAUGAAAUAUGUGUACAGUAUAGUAUAUUAAGAGAGUGUUGUUAAAAAAUGGCUUUUGUGGAGACAUUAACAUGUCUUUAGGGAUAACUUGCCAUACUGGCUUAUUUUUCUCUAGUCUUUUGUGUAAAUCUUCUAGUCAAAAGACUACGUCUCAUGUAAUAGCUAGCUAUUAAAGUAGCAGGAGCAAAUGCAUUCUAGUUUGCCAUAGCAAUACAGUACUCUACUACAGUAGUUAAACAAAAUAAAAUUACAUGUGACCAUUGUACUCUCUAAAUAGGAAUUUAUUAUGUCCUAAGUUUAAAGCAAGUAAACCACAUGAAGUGGUUUUGGGGAAGAAUUUACACGUUUCCAUAAUUUAUUCAAGAUAUGCAUGUCUUGUAGAGUUUAGCGUAUAGUAAACCAUCAAGAAAGUUGGCCAUCAAGAAAUCCUUGAAGUGUGGGAAAUAUAUUUGAAUAACAAAACUCAUUAAGACAUGAAUAUUAAGUACUUAAUACAUACUGUAUAUAGUGUUACUGUAGGCAAUGGCUCCUGUACUAUAAUUAUAUCUGUGAUGUUAAUGCAUUGGGUUGUGUUAGUUAUUAGUUCAACAGUACACAUUAGUGGAGUGAUUUGUGCGUCGGGCUGGCAAUCUAGAGGUCGUGCAUGAACCUUGUAUGAUGAAAUGUUAGUGUACCAUUGUGCUUUAGACAGUGUUCAUAGUUUAACUGUAUUCCUUGUAGUUCAUAAACAUCCAAUCAAAAUGCAGCAAAACAAAUCAUAGGCUAGAAGAACAAGCAGAUACUGUAUAGUUAUUAAUGAUGUCAUUACUACAUACCAGAUUUGAAUAGAUACAAGAGAUGCAUGAAUCAAACCUAGAUUACAGCAAUGCCAAAGAAUUUUAAAUUACUGUAUGCACAUUAUAAUGUGUACAAACCACAAAAUACAUUUUUAAAUUUUAUAUUUUUGGUAAAUAUUUGAAACCUGAAAAUGUGAAUUCAUAUAAAUAUUUUUUUAAGAGGCAUCCACAAACAUUUUUUUGAAGUGAAUGGCUUAAAAUCAUUAGAGAAGCCAUGUAGAGUACCUGCAUGGUACUCUUAAGCGCUCAUUUAAAAAAAAAUGAUUAAAACAGGAUGAAGCUAAAUUCUAAGUAAAAUAUUUUAAUUUCAGAUUUCUUCAAAGUAGAUUAAUUGCACAUGUCUAUCCAAAAGUAAAUGUACCAUAGAACAUGAUGUAAAUAAGAAAAUUCUUAGAUUAAGUAGAGUACCAGGUAUUUGUUUUUUACACACCCUUUCAAAAAUAGAAACUAUAAUUUUGUCAUAUACAUUUUUAAUUUAAACUCUUAGUAGUUUACUAAAAAACACAAAGUUCCAGUCAUGAUGACAAUAUUCUAAGAUAUUACUAAGAUCUGAUUUCUUGUGCAUCACCUUAGUAUUGGCUGGCCAGACUAAGACACUUAGGUAAUAUCACCACAGCUUUAUACAUGAGCAAAAUACCACACUAGAUUUUUUAAAAAUUAGCAUUUCAUUAGGGAUUAUUGUAAUGCAAAAAGGUAUGUCAUUGGGCUUGAGCUCAGUGAAAAUAGUUAUGUUGGCAAUGAAUUAGGUUACACUUUCUGAACAACUCACAAAUCUGAAAAUGAAGAACCGAUGAUGUUUUGGCCCAUCCUGGACCAUUAUCAAGUUGUGUAAUGGAAAAGAUGUGGUAGGGGCAAACAAUUUAAGAUAAGGGAGUGAGAUGAAAGGUGAGAUAAAGGUAUUGUCAGUGAGGUGGGAUAAAGGAUAGGUGAGAUAGGUGGGUUAGUGAGGUGAGGUGAGAGAGGUGAGAUAAAGGAUAAAAUAAUAAGAAUAAAGGUAAGAAUUUAGAAAUGUAACGUAAGAAAGGUAGAAUGUACAGUAGUAAAGAUUAGAAGUAAGGUAAGGAAAAAAGCAGCAGUAUAGGAAUAAUGUGUAUAUAGUAAAAUGUUAGAAAAAUAAUCAAGAAAACUGUAGGAGGCCAAAUGGAGAAGAAAAGGUAGUAAAAUGAAGGAAAACAAGCCUAGAGGGGCAAAGCUAAGUCAGGUCAGGUUUGUUAAAAAAGUAAAUGGUUAGAGCAUUUAAGUACUGUAUGUUCUGUACUGUGAUAGGUUAGAAUAGCUGCAACAAAGCCUGGCCUAAGGUUCAUGUUAGGUAUGUUGUGUAUCAAAGCUGAUUCAACAAGAUAGCAUCUGUGAAGCAUAGCAGCAGGAAAGCUUAUUUAAAAAAAAAAAAAGGAUGAUUAGAGUUCCUAUCAUAAUAGAAGAGAGCAUUGCUUGUGUCAGCAGAUUUAACACUUCUUUUGUGUUUUUUAGUCUCUCAUUUAGUGUACAGCCAGUUUUACCAAAGUAUUGGAGAGGACAAGACGAACAGGAAAUGAUUAAGCACUUGCGAGUUGGAAGCAGGAGCAGCAGUGUGAACCAGAUCACCAAGGUGUGCAAGUUUCUCAAAAGGCAAGUCUUAUAUCAAGAGGACAAAGGAUAUUAGGUUUUUGAGAUUUGAUAUGAAGGGAAGGCACAGCACAGUGUUGGAUACUGGUUUAAGAUAAAAGAAAUUUCUUUUAGCUUACCCUCGUCUCAUCCUCUUGCCUUAAUUGUGUGUCUACAAUUCAUUUUUUUUUAUUACUGUACAUAAUGAUGGUCCAGGACAGACCGAAAUGUCGUUGCUUCUUCAUUUUCAGAGUUAUUGGUUGGGUGUCAACACUUCCGGCAUGUUAUUGUGACUCAACAUCUUUCUGAACACCAUAAUACUUCAAGUUCUUUGUGCAACAUGAGUGACAGCAUCUUUACUUAACAUAGUAUAGAUUAAUAUAUUGAACUUGAAGCAAUUGCAGUGUUUUGUCCUUUCACCAACAAUGUUUUGAGAGGAAGGAAAUGUGUUUUAUUUUACAUUAAAUAUAUGAUUAUUGUACCUAAAUAAACUAAUUCCUUAUUAUAUGCUAGAUGGGCUACUCGACAGUCUCUCCCCCUACUCCUUACCCCCCAUACAUUAUGCCUCUCACCUGUUCCCUCUGCCUCUCUCCCUUCCUUCUGUUCUCUCUCCCUCCCACUCAUUUUUCUGCAGUAAAAUCUGUUUUAACACACUAUAGACAAUCAAACCAACAUUUCAUACUUCAUAGGUGUCUCUGGGAUUCAGAAUGGGAACUGAUCCUUCUUAAAGAGGGGUAUAGGUGGGGAGAGGGGUCCAAUCACCCUUUGACACUGCAUACAAUCACAAAGAACCCUUGCAAAAUUUAGUGAGCUCAAAGUGUGUGGCUCCCAACAUUCACCAGACAGACAUUCUCUCUUAUAGAUACAGAUGUGGCUGGCUGGUGGCACCUUUACAAAGUGACACGAGUUUCCUCAGUAAAGUUUCUUGACUAACUGAUUACCACAAUAUUAGUUAAUUUGUCAGAUAAAAAUUACUUGUGUGAAUGUAAUGUUUUUCAUAUAAAAAAGGCUGAAUAGUUCAUUAAAUCAUUAACUUCAAGAAAAAACAGAGUAAAAGACACAGGAUCAUAGUUCCUCUCUUCAAGUACAGUUCUAACAUAAUAAUUUUAUAAUUUAAAUAUAUUCAUUGACAAUCUUCCAUUCAUGGUAGUUUACACACUGGACAGCAUGACAGAGACCCUCAGUCGCACUGCCACUAACGUAAAAUACCUUAUAUUACCCAUUUGGAUAUCUAACUAAAUUACCCAAUCUUUCACCUUUCAAAGUUCAGUACUGUACAGUGCAACACUAAUACGAGGCUAUGUAACACCACAAAUGUAGUGUUUAAUGAAAAUAGGCUUUGCAUUUUUAUAGGUAAACUAUCUAAAUAACAUUAAUGCUUUGCUUUGGAUCUUUAACCCCUUUAUUAAAUAAACCAAAUUAAAAACUAUCACGAUAAAAAAAAAUUUCCCUGUGGUGUUAUGCUUAAAGGAAUAUGUAAUAAAAGCUAGACCAUGUAAUUAAAUAUACUGUACUGUAUACAUAAACUUCUUAAGUUCCAAAUACAAUA